UGACACUGCACAGUGGCUGUCUUCACCCAACAUACGUUGGAGAGUCUGGAGAAGAAACUGGCCGAUUGAUGGGAAGAACAUUCCGUGUGUUGGACAACAACCACACUUAGAAGCAAGUGUCAUUGUUGGAGAUUUCGACCGUGAUAUGAAUUCCUGGAAUUGAGAUCACAAUGGCGUCGAAAUCAGGGGUUGAAAAUGAGGGCUAUGUGGAAGACGCCCAGGACGCACCUGACGCUGGAAGAUAUCAACCCAAGAAAUGGGACAUAUUCCGAAUAGUGAACGAUGAAGAGAUUUCUACCUCUGCGGGGUUCGAAAUAUGGAAGACCAUCAAUGCCAUAAUAAAACUUCUUACGUGCACCGUUUUCUUUGGAAUCGUUCUGGGCACGGCCGUCAUGUCGAAGCUCAGUUUCCUCAUGAUGACUUUUCACAUCAAUCCACUCGACAAAGACUUCGACGUGUCGUAUGCUAACUCGACUGCUGGGCGUGACGCGAUCUUCACGAUCAAACGGUCGGGAGCGGUUGACGUGAAAUGGUUGUGGGGCUUGAUGAUAUGCAUAUGGACUCCGUACGUCUUCACGUUCAUUCGCUGUUUUUGGCAGCUUAUUACUAAGAACACUAAACGGAUGCAGUGUGUGCCUUUUCUAGUGGCUUUCAUUGUGGAAACCAUUCACUCCAUUGGCCUCUGUCUGCUCGUCUUCUUUGUGAUCCCGGCUCUCGACCCUCUCAUAGGAUGUCUGCUGACAACCAGUGUGGCCGUCAUUCCAAGCAUUUUAAAACUAUUCAAACCACGGCCUGCGUCUGCCAGUAUGCAGAGAAACACUCACCCAGCUGUAAGAGUUCUCAAAAUUGCUUUGAACAUAUUAUGUGCAGCCGCACAAAUCGGGGUUCUCGUGUUAUGGACGUGGCGCAUCCAGGCCAAAGUGGACUCUUGGUCCUUGACAGUAAUACUUCCGGUUAGCCUUGUUUUCAUAUCCAUCUCAUGGUGGCAAAAUUUUGUGAGAAAUGACACGGUCCUCGGUAACCUCAGUAAAAGAAUUCGGAAUCAGCAAGUGAGGAUAGAACUAUUAACCUCAUUGUGGAAAAUAAUCGUGACCUUCGUUGUGCCUUCAGUGCUGUUUGCGACAGGUGGUGAGGACUGCGCCAAGACGUUUUACUUCAUGAGCGCCAAUGCCACAGACUGUUCGGUGUUUGGUAACCUUGUCUUGACCGACUUCCGUCCACCUACAGGAUCGUCCUGCCAUGCCGACUUCCCCCUUAUCAUUGCCGCCGUCAACAUCCUGUGUAGUGCCUUCUGCUACAAGAUCGCCCAGGCGUGCUGCAAGGUCCGGGCUCAGAUCCCUUGUUUCUCCCUCCCUCUCGUGCUGGUGACCCCCGCCACGUUUGCAUUGCUUCUCCUCUCCUACUCGACGAGCAACCAGAACAAGACGUUCCUCCAGUGCGUCUCUCCGUGGGUGACGCCUAUCUCAGACAUGUCUGCUGCCCUGCGAGCAUUCACCACGGACUUCUGGAUGCCACUCGGCAUCAUCUCGUACGUGGCGCUUCUCUAUCUCACUGGACACAUCUGGACACCGCGCGAUGAGAGAUUAGCCAGAACAUAUAAACUAUUUGCUAAGCCGAUGUACUGUGGUAUUUUGCUGGACCAGUCACUGGUGUUGAACAGGAAACGAAUCAAGGAGCGAGAGACACUAAGUGAGGAGUUUACAGCGCCGUGGGCGAGUGUGGAACAUUUCUCUGAUGACGCGGAAGAUUUUGAUCUGAUGGACACGUCUACAAUCCGGACUGACACGACUCCCAUAGUUUACGUCUGCGCGACUAUGUGGCACGAGACCGAGAACGAGAUGAUUCAGAUGAUGCGAUCAGUUCUCAGACUUGAUGAGGAUCAAAGUGCUAGGCGCAAAGCCAUCAAGACCUUUGAAACCGACAUUGAUUACUACGAGUUCGAAGCUCACAUUUUCUUUGAUGACGCGUUUGAACCCCACAAUGAAAACGACUUCAGCUUCACGGUGAACAACUUCGUCAAACAGCUCUGCAGGGUCAUCAACGUCGCCGCAGAGACGGAGUUGAAUAUGCAGGUGAACAUACCAGACCCCACGAAAACCGUGACCCCCUAUGGGGGUAGGUUGGAGUGGAUGUUACCGGGUGGUAACAUUCUGACCGCACAUCUUAAAGACAAAAUGAAAAUACGUCACCGAAAGCGCUGGAGUCAGGUCAUGUACAUUUAUUACUUUCUGGCGCACCAACUCAUGUCCCUCCCGAUAGAAGCCAAACGGAAACGUAUCAUGGCCGAAAACACAUUCCUGCUGGCUCUCGAUGGUGAUGUGGAUUUCCAGGCUGAAGCUCUUCGGAUGUUGAUUGACAGAAUGAGGCGGGACCCAAAUGUUGGAGCGGCCUGUGGGCGGAUACAUCCUAUUGGUUCAGGUCCUAUGGUAUGGUACCAGAAAUUUGAGUAUGCCGUCAGUCAUUGGUUGCAGAAAGCAACAGAGCAUGUGAUUGGUUGUGUUCUGUGCAGCCCUGGGUGUUUCAGCCUGUUCCGGGGAUCAGCGCUUAUGGACGAUAAUGUGAUGAGAAAAUACACCACGCCACCUACCGAGUCACGACAUUACGUGCAGUAUGAUCAAGGUGAAGAUAGGUGGCUGUGCACUCUUCUGCUUCAACAAGGCUACCGAGUGGAGUACUGCGCAGCAUCAGACUCGUUCACGUACGCCCCUGAAGGCUUUUACGAGUUUUUCAAUCAGCGUCGCAGGUGGACACCUUCAACGAUGGCCAACACAUUGGAUCUCCUGCAGGACUGGAAGAAUGUAACACGGAAGAACCAGGACAUCUCGUGUCUAUACAUCAUCUACCAGAUGAUCAUGAUGGCGUCUUCUAUCAUCACACCUGGAACUAUUUUUCUCCUCGUCACUGGCGCCAUCAAUGUCGCUUUACCGUCGAUCCCAUUGUAUGGCGCAUUUAUACUGAACGUUAUCCCCAUCGCCAUCUUUGUUCUGCUUGUGUUGUUCGCCAAAAGCGAUACCCAGUUGGCGUAUGCGGGUGUCCUCUCGGCUAUAUACAGUCUGCUGAUGAUGCUGAUUCUGGUGGGACUGAUCAGCCAGGCGGCCGAGUUCGGCUACUGCUCCGUGACAACCAUCUUCCUGACCGCUGUGAUCGCCAUCUUCCUAAUGGCGGCCGUCCUCCACCCACAGGAGUUCACGUGCAUCCUGCACGGCUUCCUCUACUUCCUCUCCAUCCCGUCAAUGUCCAUGCUUCUCAUGAUCUACUCCCUCGGAAACCUGCACGUCGUCUCGUGGGGCACGCGCGAAAACAAGCAAGCAGCGCCACCUGCCAAACCGGAAGACAACAAACCAACUGGAAGCAGAGUUGAAGGUUGGUGGGGAAAGUUCAUCGGAAGUCCAGACUCGCGCUCAGGGGGCCGUUCGCUGUGGCUGGAUUCCCUCUUUAAGUGCACGUGUUUCUCAGAGACCGUUGUCAAGGACGACGACAGUAAGUUGAAGGUCAUCAUGUCAAGACUGGACGGUAUCGAGCAGGCGCUAACAGGCGGGAGUGUUUCGAGGUCCGAGUCCGACAGACGGUCACCAGGUGUCACUAGCAGAAGAAGGUCACGUCCCGUGUCUGUACACUUCGAUGACAUUCAAGAAGAGAGCACGAAAACACAGCAACCAGAAGUGUUCCAGCUGACGUCAGCGGAACCCAUGUGGAUUGAUGAUUCUACCCUUGGCAAUGGACAGCUGGAUACACUGAACACCGAGGAGAAGACGUUCUGGGAUGAACUCAUCGAAGAGUAUCUGUACCCAAUAGAGGAAAAUGUCGAGCACAAGAAAGCUAUGCAGACUGAGUUACUCGAACUCAGAAACAGAACCUGCUUGUUCUUCUUCCUUAUCAAUGGCCUCUUCAUCAUCCUCAUCUCCACUCUUCAACUAGUGUCAGAGUCUACCCCAAAUCUGUCCAUCAACCUUCCCUGUGCCACUGGAGACUCAAAUGGACAAAAUUUUGAACCAAUCUCCUUUGCUUUCAUGUUAGUCUUUGGCGUGUUGCUGGUCAUUCAGUUUUUUGGGAUGUUCUUCCACCGGCUGUCUACAUUUCUGCACAUUGCUUCACUCACGAAGAUUAGCGAUAUAAGACGAACUAUGAAAGGAAAGAAAUCUGAGAAAAUGUUGAAGAACAUGACAGGAGAAGAAGCCGUGCAGCUUGUCAAGGACUUACAGCGACCAAAAGAAGAAGAACCAGAAGAGGUUUACACAGUACUGGACUCCACAGAGACCGAUAACAUCAUCGCUGAUCGCGAAAACAACAAAUGGAGGAGACUAGUUAGCCGCAAAAUCAUAGGAAACAAAAUGGCCCGUGCACCUGUUACGAACUACGACGACGUGUUUAUAGAGAACUUCUCUGACGUAACGGGAGUAGGGCGCGACGGCGCUUCACCUCGCCAGGGGCCGUUCAGAAAGACACAGAAGUCGGUGAAACAUUUUAACAAAGUCUCUGUCGAGGCCUUAAGCAAAAUGGCGUCAUCUACAGACAAGGUGAAGCGGUCGCUGGCUCGGAAGGCAACCAUCAUGCAGAAUCGACAACAGACGACAAGGAUGAAGACUGACUCUGCCUCUUCUGAUUCUGGUCCACCGCCUGGACCUGCACAGCGACGAAUUCGCAGACAUCGACUAGAGGCAGGUAAAGUGUCGGGGAAGUACGAAAACAUCAAGGCGGUGCCCUCUCAUUGAUUGAUUGGACACAUAUAUAAACAUAUAAAAGUAUACUUACAUAUGAGGCCCUCUCCUGUACAAUAUAUGUAGUGACAGUCUUACAUAAGUGUGUGCGUUUGUGUAUGAAGGGAAUAUUGUGUGUGCAUUCAAAUUCAAUAGAUUAUCGGUUCAAGCAAAAUGUUGUUAGUAACAUUGACGAGACUAAUAUAAAUGUGUGAGAGAAGGCUAGCAUUCCA